AUGGGAAUAUGGCGGUUCCUCGCUGACCUGCGGUUCUGUUUCUCACAGGCGGAGGGAUAUGCAGAGGGCGACUACACCCUCUACCACCGCUUCACACUGAUGGACUUUGUCAAAUCCCAGAAUCCAGUUGACUUCCUGGACAAAGCCAGUGAGAUCACCAUCGACUGUCCCGAACUGGAGCACCACGCGUCCACCAGCCCGGAGAUCCUGGAAUGCUGCAAGGACGUCCGUGUCCUCGGUCGCAAGGAGCUGAGGCUGCUGUUGAACUGGAGAACCAAACUGAGGCGACACCUGGCGAAGAAACUGAAGGAGCAGGCGAAGGAGCUGGACGAGGAGAUCAGCCUGAGCUCCGGGGACGAGAGCGAAGGGGAGAAGGACAUCCCCGGGCCCACCAGGGAGCAGGAGGGGGACGAGCGAGCGGAGGAGGAGCAGGAGGAGGAGGAGAUGCAGCAGCAGUUGGCCGUCCUGAAGGCAGAGGAGGUGGCUGAGCUGAAGAGGUAAUGUCUCGGGGCUGGGGG